CACUGGAUGAACUUUCGGGAUAUACAGAUCACUUAAAAUGUAUUUAACAACAGGAGUUAUCUUUGCUGAAUAACAUAAAAGACUGAGAGGAUAUCAGACUAUUUGAGAGCAUGGCGAACGCAUUCUGCUCCGUGCUUCUCUGUUGGACAAGCGUAAUCUUACUGAGUGGUCUCGGCUGCUUGUGUGAGCAUGAUGGCAACGUGAACACAGAAGGCGUUGGACAGUCGAAGACGCCUCACCUGAUCUUCAUCAUGGUGGACGACCAGGGCUACGGAGACGUUGGCUAUCAUGGCUCAGACAUCCACACUCCUGCGCUGGACCAGCUGGCAGCAGAGGGCGUCAAGCUGGAAAACUAUUACGUCCAGCCUAUCUGCUCUCCUUCUCGCAGUCAGCUCAUGACAGGACGUUACCAAAUUCACACUGGACUACAGCAUUCGAUCAUCCGACCGCGUCAGCCGCUCUGUUUGCCCCCAGACGUCCCCACUCUGCCCGAGCGCCUGGCUGAGGCUGGAUACGCCACGCACAUGGUUGGGAAAUGGCACCUGGGGUUCUCCAGGCCAGACUGCCUGCCCACACGGCGCGGAUUUCAGAGCUUCCUGGGAACCCUGACGGGCAGCGGGGAUCACUUCUCCUACCAGAGCUGCGAUGGGGCUGAGGCUUGUGGAUUUGAUUUGCACGAUGGGAACAGACCCGCCUGGGAGAUGAGAGGCAACUACUCUACGCUGCUCUACAUUGAAAGAGUCAAGAAGAUUUUGCAGAGCCACAACUCCCAAAGGCCACUCUUCCUCUACCUGUCCCUGCAGGCUGCACACACUCCUCUGCAGGCACCGGAUCUUUUCCUGCACCACUAUGACACGCAGAGCAAUCGUCAAAGGCGUCACUACGCAGCCAUGCUUAGCUGCUUGGACGAGGGGAUUGCGGAGCUUGUUAAAGAGCUGAGGACUAGCGGCCUCUAUCAAAACUCCGUCUUGAUCUACUCGUCCGAUAACGGAGGACAGCCGCUCUCAGGCGGGAGCAACUGGCCACUGAGAGGAGGGAAGGGGACCUACUGGGAAGGAGGCAUCCGGGCGGUGGGGUUUGUCCAUAGUCCCCUUUUGAAGAGGAAGGGGAUUGUAAGCAGAGCCCUGAUCCAUGUUUCUGACUGGUAUCCCACAUUACUCGGGCUUGCAGGGACCCUGCAAUCCCACCAAAACCUGGACGGCCAUAAUGUCUGGGCUAGCAUCAGUGAGGGUUUGCCUUGCCCCCGCACGGAAAUCCUUUUAAACAUUGACCCUGUGUCCAGGAAACCCGGGGAGCCCUACGACAAGGCGCUGGAACUCAAUGGCUUUGGGAUCUGGGACACAGCAGUGAGAGCCGCGCUCAGGGUGGGUGACUGGAAGCUACUGACAGGAAAUGUGGGUGAUGGAGACUGGAUACCACCGCAGGCUCUUCCAGUUGGCCCGGAACGGUGGCAGAAGCUUGAGAAGCGGCGCAAUAGGCUGGGGAAGUCGGUGUGGCUGUUCAACGUCAGCGCGGACCCGUACGAGAGAUUCGACCUCGCCGAGGUUCGUCCAGCGGUGGUGAAACAUCUGCUGGCUAGACUGGCGGAGUACAACCACACUGCUGUGAUGGCGAGGAACCCACCCGAUGAUCCUAUGGCUGACCCCGAACUACAUGGGGGAGUAUGGAGCCCAUGGCUGGGCCUGGAGGGGUGGGGGAGAAACGAGAAAGGCAAAGAUGGCAAAAAGGGGAAGAUUCCAAAGGUUAGGCACUGCAAAUUGUGCAAAUUAAAAGCCCUAUUUAAAAAAGUGGAGUCACGUCUGGAAAGAAAAACCCUUUUCUAGUUGAUAAAUGUACACACAGUCCAUACCAAAAGGAUUUUGUUUAUUUCAAGUUGAUGUUUGUUCAUUUACAAACCUCUGAGCGCUCAGUUGGACUCUAGUACUACUGAAUGCUACUAGUUCCUCUGAAUUUUAUUUUGAGUACAAAUUGUUAAAAUGAAUUUGUAAAAAAAUUUUGAAAACCAUGUUUUAAUUCACAAAUAUAAACUAUUUUGUGUCACAUGAAAUCCUAAUAACAUAAAUUCAAAGUCCUGGUUGCAAUGUGACACAGAGGGAACAAGUUCCACAGGGGCAAAUACUUUAUCUGGACAGAGUUUAUAUAUUUUGUAGUUCCUGUAAAUAAUCAUCAUAUAUGUAUAACAAGUGUUACCAAUUUAUUUGAAAAAUUAAACAGCUAACAUGUUUAGAAGUCGUCUCAGGGACGCUGGAAAGGAAA